AUGGCACCGAAAGCUUUGACGGACUGCCCCGAGAACCUUCGAGAGGCGAUAGACUGGCUCAUCCAGGUGAAGCAGAGUGGCGGGAUUCCAAGGUUGUCCGACGCUCUCUGUAGGUUGUUUGACAAUGUUGUUCAGGACGCUGAAGAGUCUCUCUUGUCUUGCCCCGAAUCAGAUGGGCCGUCCGCCAGAGAUGUUAUCUCCAAGCUUCAAGGGUUUCGGAGCUCUCUUACGAAAGACUCUGCGCAUCCUAAUAAAAACAUUUUACAUAAUCUCUGUUCCGCCGUUGAGAGCCUUUUAGGUUAUAAGUCUCCUGGGACCUACGAUGGUUCCGGGAUUGUAUACGGCGACGCCUCCCGUUUGUGCGAUGCAGUCGUGGCGUUUUUGUAUAGAGUGAUCAGUGAUGUCCGCCGUAAUCAGCCGUACGUUGGUGGUAGAGAUAAGUUAGGCAGUGUAGUUCGUGAGCUUGAAAAAGCGAGGUGGAGUGGGCACCAUGGCUUUGCUGCUGUCAUCCCCAAAGUGGCAGGUGGCCUCGGGGAGUAUAACACCGCUGUCAAGGCUUCGAACGAAAAAGUCAAGAAGCCAAUUAAUGAGAUGCUUAGUUACGUCAAAGAGGACGGUAAUAAAUUGUAUACUUGUAUUAAUGAUUUGCAGGUGGAGCGUGUUUCCGGGGAUCCCGAAAAAGAGGAUCCGCAGGUUAGCACUGUUGUGUCCCUGAUUCAGCAGUGUAAAAAAGUCGUCAAAGAUUUUUCGAGGGGUAUGACAUCGGCUCAAAAUGCCAUAAACGAUCUGAACCCCAAACUGCGGUCAAAAAUCGAGAAUGUGAGGAAAACUAUCAAGGAGCACGCCGAGUGGCUGUCCAAGUUGUACGGCAAGAAGCAGGAGAAAAAACGCUUGGACGCCAUGCUCCAUAAAAUCAAGACUACGCUUAGAAUGCUAGGAAGGAAGGUGAAAGAAAAGAUUAGAGCAGAAGUGCAUGAGCUUGUUAGUCUGUUGAAGCAACGCGUCAGGGAUAUUAAGAGUAAGUUGGAAGAGAUUAAAGGCUGCCUUGAAAAGUACGUUCAGGAUCUGGUAAAGUGGAUGGAAGAGGCCAAAGCAUUUAUUAAAUCGGUGAGAGAAUAUGUCAACAAAAUUAUGGAGGAGAUUGAUGGAGAGAAUAAAAAGGGGAUUGAUGAGGCCGCCGGGGAAAUUGAUAGGACACUUAGUGAGAAAGUGUCGGAGCUGAACAAGUGGAUUGAGACUGCGGACGCCGCUGUUCAGGCGGCUAAGACUAAGGCAACGGAUGUGUAUAAUAGGUUGAAUAAGGAUGAUGACAAACAGAAUAUUUGUCGGGGAAUUGGGAAAAUUGAGGCGGCUAAGACGCAAGUUGGAAGUGUUAAUCAGAAGAUUGUUGAGGCUCACAGAGAUUUGGGAACAUGGAAUGCCGCGGCAAAAGAUGUGCUUGGCACGGCGCUUGGGAAGGCGACGACAGUGCGUGACAGGUUGAGUCCUGAUAAACAAGAUAAUGACCAUGUUCUUGGUACGCAGAUUAAGAAUAUUGACAUCGCUAAACAAGGACUUGAAGAAGCAAAUAAGAAGCUUAAAACACAAGUUGCGAAUCUGCAUUCUUGGAUCUCCACCGCGGAAGAUAUCCGUGCUAAGGCCCAGGAAAAAGCAGAGGAAGCUUAUAGUAAGUUGGACGUUCAUGCUGAAUUGAGUAAGAAUGUUAACAAAAUUGUUAAGGCAAACGAGGAAAUUAACAGAGUUCAUAACAGUCUGAAAAGUGUCCAUGGCAAUUUGGGUAAGUGGAAUGAGCAGGCCAGGACAGUGCUUGCCGGGGCGAUUAACAAGGGGGAGGAUGUUCAUAAGGCUUUGGACACUGAGGUUUCGAGUGACUUGAAGACACAGAUUGAAGAUAUUAGCAAAGCUAAAGGGGAAAUUGAGGACGCAAAUACAAAUCUUGGCGGCGAAGUCACGGCCUUGGGGAGUUGGCACAAGACGGCGUCAGAAAUUGUUACCAAGGCGGAUAAAAAAUGUCAAGACAUUUUGGAUAAAGUUUAUAAGGGAGACAAUGUUACUGGAACAGACAUUCAUCAGAACGCUAACAAGUUAAAAGAGAAAGCUGAGAGUCUUUUGGAAGCCUACAAGGAGGCCUAUCCCAAAGUUCAGCAUCUGGUAGAGGAUGUUAAAAAUGCCGUUAAAGAUUUGGAAGCCAGCAUGAAAGAGGAUUUGGGGAAUAUCAGAAAUAGAAUUGUAGAAGAGAUGAAAAAGCAUGUUGGUGAGAUGCUUGAGCAGAUUAAGGGGAAAGUGGAGGGGAUUAAGGGGAAGGAUAGUAGGGAAUGGAAUAAUAAGGGUGCCUCAGGUCUUUUGGGGAUUGUCAGUGCCGUGCAAAAAUAUGCCACUGAAUUUCGCCACGAAAAUUUUGCAGAAAUUGCGAAAGGCUGGUUAGAAGCCACAAUUUUGAGGUACAAUGGCGUGGUGCGGAGGAUACUCGGUAAAAAGGAUGCGUAUAACAAGAGUGAGAAGGACAUCGAGGAGUUCGCCAUUGGAAUGAAAGACAGGCUUAAAACAGAUGUUACUAGCGUAGCCACAGAGGCGUUCAAAUCUGUUAAUACAGUCAGCGGGAGCAUUCAAACAAAUAUCAACGCCGUUAAAACAGCCUGUGAGGCGUUUGCCAACGGACUUGAUCAGAAACUUUUGCAGCAGGGAAAUGAAAUAGUCUCUGAGGUCAAGGAAAAGGCGUUGACUAAGGGAUCCCUCGUCUCUGGCAUUAAAAAUUGCGUCUGCGAGUGCGGUAAUUGCAACAAAAUAGAAUGUGGCAAAAAGGCCGCCGCGGAAUUAAUAAUGUGCGCGCUCACCUCUACAGUGAGACAAGUUGGCAACGAACUGAAGUCUGUAUUUCUCGGCAGCGGUGCAAACGUGAACGGCAAAAGCACCGCAGAAGAAUUGGACAACGUCGUCGGCCUGACUAAGACGCUGGACAGUGAUCUCGACAAUGCAGUUAAAAAGGCAAAAGACCAACCCGGUGCCAACGGCAACGUUCUUGCCACUCAAGUUGAGCAGAUUGAGCAGCAGGUUAACAGUGUUAUUCCUAAAGAUGAGCCGACAAUCACUAUGAAAUUUGGCACACAAAUUAUGAAAAAAUACGCAGAAAAGAGAGAUGGAAAGGAUCCGGGAAAUAAGUAUCACGAUCUGCUUAACACUCAUAUCCCCCAGGCGAUGAAGCCUUUCACCAAAGAUCCUAAACUCAACUCUCCCGACGAUGUCCCUGCGAGAACUAAAGAACUUGGCACAUUUGUCUCUACAAUCAAACAAGAACUCCAAGCCAUCGCCCACUUUGUUGAUAAGGAUAAACAGGCGUGGCCGGACAAGCUGGAGUCUCAGAAACCACAAGAUGAAGAUGGCAUCAGGCAACGGUUGAAGGAUUUGAGUGAGAUGCUUGAGAAUCAAGAUAGUGUUGUUCUUAAAGGCGACGGCUUAAAUAUAAAGACUGUAGAAGGUCUCCAAGCAAUUCAUGACAAGAUUCAUGGUCUGCAGACGGGUCAGUUUAAUGAACAACCCGCUGCAAUUGGCCAGACCGUCGACCAAAUUAAGGCGGAGCUUGGAAUGCUUAGGGGGAAGUUGAAGAAGAAUGGUGAUAAAGAUGAUGUGAUAAACGCUUUGACAGAUUUGCAAACUGUUGGUCUCGACGGCAAGAGUGGAGAUAAAUGGAACCCAAUUAAUGGUAAAGGUCAACCUCUCAGUGGUCUUGGGAAAAUCCACGGUGACCUUCAGAAAGGAAAUGCUAUAUUGCCCGAGGAAACAAGAAAAAUUACCGAAGCCAUCAUCGAAAUUAGGAGGGAACUGGCAAGGGUAGGAUUUAAGUUGCAAGGUUUAUUCACUACUAAUGACGUCAUAGACGAGUUGACGUGGUUGGGGAACAAGAUCGGCAAAAAUGGAAUAAAGGCCAAAGAUAAUCUCCAUGACAUCUACGAGAAAAUAAGGCAAUUGCAACAAAUUCCGUUUCAAGAACAUCCCACUGAAAUCGACAACGCCAAGAAAGAAAUUGUAGAUGAACUCAAAGACCUUCAAAAUGAGUUGCAAGGCAAUCCAGGCAGUGAUGUCAUUGCAACACUGAAGGAUUUGAAGGACAAGGGGCUGAGUGAAAAGUGGGAUAAAAAUACAAAUGGAAAUCAAAAAGGCCUCGCAAAAAUUAAUAGUGAACUUCAGCAUCAACAAAGUGAGCUGUCCACCCAACCUGAAAAUAUCCGGGUUGGCGUCCAAGACAUCACCGGUGAGCUUGACAGCCUUAGACAGCAGUUGAACACUGAGGUCACCGAAAAGCUGAAGAAGCUGAAAGAAAGUGGCCUUACUGAGGGCAAAACGCCAUGGACAGAUAAAGGUGAAAGCUUAAAUGGUAUUCAAAAAAUUACCACGGACAUCGAGGCCAUAAAAACCACGGACGUUAAGGAAGUGAAGGAUAAACUCAAAGAGCUGUGCACGGCGAUACGGACGGAAGCCAACGAGUUAAGCAGGGACUUAAAGCGUCUGAAAGGUGACGGCCUAGAAGAGUUGACUGGAAUAAAAGACAACCUCAGUGAUCUGCUGAGCGAGCAGGUGAGGGGUGUGAUAAGAGAGCUUAAAAGCUUCGUAAAAUUCCUCGAGAACGGCAAGGCGCAAAUAAUCCGUGACCUCCACGCAUUCGUCGACAAGGAGAUCAAGGAAGCCGAAGAGGCUCUGACCAGGGAGGCGCGGCGGCAGUACGUGGAGUCCGUGCAGGACGCGCUGAAACACUUCGCCCUAAAGGCGGAGAGCGAGCUGGAGACUCUGCCCAAGGAGAUCGACGAGGACCUGACGAUAGGCUUCAAGGGCCUCAUGAGGCAGAUGGAGGGUGAGCGCAGCGAAAACAUUAACAGGCUCAGGAACGUGCAGAGCAGAAUGCUCCGAGCAUUGUCCUCCGCGUUCCAGAAUUUCUUCGCGCCGCUCGACGAGUAUCUCCGUGAGGAGAUUGAGAGAGUGAAGAAGCAGAGUGACGACGAAAAGAAUCCCUCACUGCCGAAGUCGGAAGAGCCCUACGCCGCCGAGUGGGACGCCGUGCACAGCGAUGUCAACGCCCUGCUCAAUUACCUCUGCGUGACGCAGGGCUUCGACGACAGGCUGCGAGGCCUGCUCCACAACCUCACCGACGCGCUCACACAGCUGAGGCCGCAGGGCUUCCAGAAGCCCUCCACUCCCACGCUGGACUCCGUGAGCAGGGGACUCAGUGCCUUCGCCGGUGAGUUCGGCGGUGCGUACAUCUCCACUUACUCGGGCGCGGAGUGCCGGGAGGCUGACGCCGACAAGUACGCCAAGGUGUUGCUGAGCUUUAUUCCGAUGACGCACAAUGCGCUCCAGAACUUGGCAGAGAAAUGCGGCAGCAACUGGCGAAGCAACAAAAUAUGUGAGUUCACCCCCGACGGCAGGGACAACGGCCUGGGCAACUACCUCACCAAAUGCGGCUUCAAGGUGUCACCCACCGACGGACUCCAGGAGGGGGAGUUGCAAAACCAUGGCGACAUGAACGGUGAGCAAAUUCAUGCUUUGCUUAACUCCCCAAUUCCAGACGUGACCACCAAAAUGCUGGUCGACGGUGAGCCUCUAGAAAAUGGAAUUAAUGUCGUUGACUUAGUUGCGCUUUUUCAUAACAUGGUGUGUCUCUACCUCCAGGCGUGUCACCUUAAGGUACACGAAUCGCCCAGACACCCCUGCACAGUCAGGGAUAUGCUGUCGUGGCUCGCCGGUCUGCAGUACACGUUAGUCGCUGAGAAACUGGCUGACCACUGUAAGGCGUUGCUCAACCGCAAGUGCGACGAUAACGAUGUCCCCAACAGGGACGAUGCAGUCAUGGCACAGUGCAUCAACGGCCUGCCGAUGACAAUCGCGACAGCGUGUUCACACGCUAACUCGCUUCUAAUCGCAAUACAGGGCCAUGGCCGAGGUUUCGACCUCGCCGCCUACCCCUACUCAGUCGACUUCGCCAACAACCGCGCACAGCUGCACUACCCGGCUGAUCCCGACGAGCUGCUUGAUAUGCUGAGAGAGAUAGUAUGCCGCCUGUGCCGUGUGCUCUACUUCCUCUACGCCCAGUGCUGCCGUGCCACAUCCAAAACCAAGGGAUGGCGGGAGUGCCACUACGGCCGGCAGGUACCGUCCUCCCAUUGGCAGUGUAACACCUUAGACAAGCAGUCCACCGAUGCAAGUCAUAACUGCCCGCCCACAUCAACGCUGCAGUCCUUCCUCACCGACAGCUGUCCCAACCUCCUGCCGCAUAGGCUCACAGUUGUUGACAGUGCCAUCGAAUGCGCCAACUGCCCUGUCAACCUACCGGGCCAGCAGUGCCUCACCCCGCUCGGCUUCUGGGACAUUGGCCUGGCAGCCUCCGUAGAGCGCACCGGCAGGGAACUUGCUAAAUGCCUCGGCCGUCUCUGCAGUGACGCCGACGCCUGCCUCUUCCAACUCUGCCGAACGCUGUGCUUGCUGUGCCCCUCAGCACCGCGGUCACUCGGCGACGUGUUCUCGUUGUUCAGUCAAAUGCUCAGAAUGUGGGACACCGAAUCGUCCCGAUGGGCGUACUCUCACCAUGAGAGUUACUUAACGCACCUGAACGACGACGCUAUCAACGGAUUCUUCCCGCUGCGGACGGAGCUCCAUGGCAGUUACCAAAAUGCCCAUCUCACCGACGCCCUCCAGGCACUCGCCGGCCAUGACCAUGAGAACUCAGAGCACAGUGCCCUCUCCAGUCUAUCCGCCAAGUCGCCUUGUCAAGCACCCAGUGGAUGCGCCCCCUUCCUCCAGCCGCUGUCGCUGCACUCCAACCACACCUUCCCGCAGAAGCACGCACAGCUGUAUAUCUCGUGGGUGGUAUGGCUGGCAUGGCAAUUCUGGGAUUUGCUGCAACAACUGCUAGAAGCCUUGAACAACAUCGACUGCACGGCCCACGGCUGCGCCACGUGCCCCUGUUAUCCCGAUAACCACGGCCACAAGGACGCCUGCCACUGCCCGUCACUCGUCGAAUGUGGUGGACCCUUGCCGACGCUCUACCGCUACGGAUUAACAUAUCGCAACGCCCACAUCCUGGUCGCCGGCAGCCAGAAGAUGCGGUGCAGUGACCUCAACGGACAACUCACCAAGGCACUGCAUUCAAAGCACUUCGCCAACCUCUUCCACCAAAUUGACCAACUCCUCUGGCACAUCCGUAUGCCCUUCCUCUUCACCAUCACAUCACUCUGGCUCAUCGCCACGCUCUACAUCGCCCACUCACUCCUCUACCGCAUGGACGUUCUGCGCAUACGCUCGCACCUCCUCACCACCAGGGCCUCCCACCUCAUCGACGUCAAGGCGCUGCUCGCCGGCAGCCGCAGGAUGCUCUCACUCUACCGCGACGUCGACUACUUCGACGAUGACCCUCUCGACUUGUCACAACAUGCCAGAUACGACCUAAAUGUUGCAGCGUUUGUAUUAAUUGCACGUUCCAACUUCGGGAAUCUGGAAAUACCGCAUGAAGAUGUUGUCUAG